AUGCAAAAGGUUAUUUGUUUUGUGAUUUUGGCAUUCGCCAUGGCCGCCAAGGCUCUAACUCCGGCAGAACGAAACGAAACCAUAGAAAAUUUUGCAAAUAUGCGUUCAGUGGUUGAACCCGAAGCAAGCAAUAUGCAAAUGUUGCGCUACUCUGCAGAAUUCGAAAAGUUGGCGGAAGAUUGGGUAGACGACUGCCUCAUGGGAACAAAAAUAUGGGACACCCUACCUGAAUACCGAGGUCUUGGGAGAAGUUUUGCGAUUAAUUUCUAUGAGCAACAAAGCCCUGCAGACAUGGUGUACCGUUUUUCCAAUGAAAUGUUCAACUACGAUUAUGAAGCAAACACAUGUUCAGAGAUUUGUGGCAACUAUACGCAAGUAGAGGUGAUAUGGGCAACGUCCAAUGCCGUUGGAUGUGCGAUUAAACUGUGCCCUAACAUCAGAUCUGAAUCAGGUGACCCCGCGUAUCUCAUGGCCUACCAGUACAAACCCGCAUGCAUGUCAACAUUUUUAUUGUACAUGAACGGCGUGAAUGCGGAGAUGCAUUAUAAUGCCCUUGAAGUGACUAACACUUUCCAUUCCUUCAAAGUUGUAAUAUGCCGGGUGAAAAGCCCUAUUUGCCAGGACCUGCGUGCUCCAAAUGUCCUCAAACGAGUGAAUGUCGACUGA